UGUGGCAAACGUUGCGGAAAGAUGGGUUUCUUGUUUGAUUUGCGCCAGUCGCGUCUCAUGUAGGGUACCAUCAAUGACACGUGUUUACCUCUCUUGACUCUAAAUCCCUAGUCAUUAGGGCGGUGCAGAGCGGAGCUCAGCCAAUUGCCCGAUUCUAAGAAGUUAGAACUUCUUCAAUGCCCUCUCCUAGUCCUUUCCUCUUGCUCUUCGUACAGAUUUGAGUGUUUGAUUAUCCUUUUGACAGGAAAACUUGAUUAUCCGCAUCUAGAUCGUCGCUGGGCAAAUACAAAGUUGUUUCAAAAUCCAUCGUUUCCAUUAGCAGUGGUGUGUCCAUCUCAUCAACCCUAGAGUGAUUCUCUUCUGGGUUAUGCACAUCGAAUUUGGCAACUAGGAUUUGCUCUUUGCGAUUUAAGACUGAAAAUGGAGAGCAAAUACUCGGCAGAGAUGAUGAAGCAUUUGGAGAAGCAAAGGGAGAUCCUUAUGGAUUCAUAUAGAUCAAUGUCACAUGAGCUGCAUAGGCUUCAGGUAGAGGAGGAGAUGUUGAUGCGCAAGUUUUAUGAAGUUAUGUCAGCACAAGGCGUAAUUAAAGAGAAUGAAAAUGGGGAAUAUGCUUCAAAUAAUAAUCAGAAGGAAAAAUCUGGUGAUUUGGUAUGUGAGCCAAGCAAUCAAAGUGCCAUGUGAGACUGGACGUAAAUCUCCUGUGGUGAGCGAGGACUCAACUAUUGGGAGGCCCCAAUAUACACUGCAUAUCUUUACUGUUGAAUCUUCAUUGCCAUUCGUUACUUCUCCCCAAAGGGUUUUUAUGCAUGUGACACUAAUGUUGCUGCCUUUUAUUUUUUAUUUUUUUCCAUUAAUUGUGAACACUAGUGUUGCUGCCCAUGGACACUACUCAUUUCGGACAAUACGAGUUCUCAGUAAUAAAUUUCGUCUUCCCCA